AUGCACCAGCACGAUUAUUUUGAAUUUGGUUAAUAUUGUAAACACGUGAGGCGUGAAUUAUAAUUUUAAAAAAUUCAAAUUUUUCUAUAAGAUAAUAAACUUUGUUCUAUUAAUUUAAUAUAGAUAAUUAAAUAAUCAAAAUGCCUAAAUCGAAACGAGACAAGAAAGUAUCAUUAACUAAAACCAACAAAAAGGGACUUCUUCUCAAACAGAAAACUAUUGAAGAAAUAAGAAAUACACUUUCCAAAUAUGAACACAUAUUUCUUUUUACUGUUGACAAUAUGCGUAAUACAACAUUGAAAGACUUGCGUAAUGAUUGGAAAGAUUCUAGAUUUUUCUUUGGCAAAAAUAAAGUAAUGGCAGUAGCUCUUGGAAGAACAAAAAGUGAUGAAGUGGAAGAUCAGCUUAACUUGCUCUCCAAAAAGUUAAAGGGUCAGUGUGGGUUAUUGAUGACAAAUAGAGAUGUUAGUGAGGUGUUGGAAUGGUUUAAAACAUUUCGUGAAACAGAAUAUGCAAGGGCUGGAUUUAUUGCAAAUCGGGACGUAAUAUUACCUAACGGACCCCUUGAAGAUUUUUCACACACUAUAGAACCUCAUCUUAGAAGACUUGGUCUGCCUACCACUCUAGAAAGGGGUGUUAUUCAUUUAAUAAAAGAAUAUCAGGUUUGUAAAAAAGAUGCUCCAUUAACACCAGAACAAGCAAGUAUACUGAAACUUCUUGGCGUACAGAUGGCUAAAUUUAAAGUGGUUAUUAAAUGUCAUUGGACAAAAGGGAAAGGAUUUCACAAAGACCUUGAUAUGCCCAGUGAUGAUGAAGCUGCCGAUGAUGAUGAAAAAGUUGUUGAAGAUGAACACAUGGAAGAUGAUGAAACAUAGCUCUUAAUAUUUGAACCACGCUGUUCAAUUUAACCAUAUUAUAUAUUAAUAUAAAAUAUU